GUUGGCGGAAGCGGAGCGCCCGCGCGUGGAGAGGCCGGGUCGCCGCGUCCGCAGAGCACCGGCCGGUCUCCUCACCACACCCAGGCGGGAUGGAGAGACGCAGGAUGAACUUGCCUACCGGGCCAGACACGCUGUGCUUCGACAAAGACGAAUUUAUGAAGGAAGAUUUUGAUGUGGAUCAUUUUGUGUCUGACUGCCGUAAGCGGGUGCAGCUAGAAGAGCUGAGAAAUGACCUGGAGCUAUACUACAAGCUGCUGAAGACAGCCAUGGUUGAGCUCAUCAACAAGGACUACGCAGACUUUGUCAACCUCUCCACCAACCUGGUUGGCAUGGACAAAGCCCUCAACCAGCUGUCUGUGCCCUUAGGACAGUUACGAGAAGAAGUUCUGAGUCUUAGAUCAUCUGUCAGUGAAGGAAUUCGAGCAGUAGAUGAACGAAUGUCUAAGCAAGAGGACAUUAGGGGAAAAAAGAUGUGUGUGUUAAGACUUAUACAAGUUAUUAGAUCAGUUGAGAAAAUUGAAAAGAUCUUAAACUCUCAAAGUUCUAAAGAAACAUCUACACUAGAAGCAAGCAGCCCACUCCUGACUGGACAGGUCCUAGAGAGAAUCGCCACGGAGUUCAACCAGCUGCAGUUCCAUGCGGUGCAGAGCAAGGGCAUGCCUCUCCUGGACACAGUUCGGCCUCGCAUAGCUGGCAUCACAGCCAUGCUGCAGCAGUCCCUGGAGGGCCUCCUGCUGGAAGGCCUACAGACCUCCAGUGUGGACAUUGUGCGGCACUGCCUGCGCACUUAUGCCACCAUCGACAAGACAAGGGAUGCCGAGGCCUUGGUGGGCCAGGUGCUGGUGAAACCCUACAUAGAUGAGGUGAUUGUGGAGCACUUCGUUGAGUCCCACCCUAGUGGUCUUCAGGUCAUGUAUAACAAGCUUCUGGACUUUGUUCCUCAUCACUGCUGCCUUCUCCGGGAAGUUACAGCAGGAGCUGUCUCAAGUGAGAAGGGCACCACUGUUCCUGGUUAUGACUUCUUGGUAAACUCUGUCUGGCCAGAAAUAGCAAAAGGACUAGAAGAAAAACUCCCCUCACUGUUUAAUCCUGGGGACCCUGAUGCAUUUCACCAGAAAUAUACCAUAAGUAUGGAUUUUGUAAGAAGAUUUGAACGACAGUGUGGGUCCCAGGCCAGUGUGAAAAGGCUAAGAGCACAUCCUGCCUAUCAUAGCUUCAAUAAUAAGUGGAACUUACCUGUUUAUUUUCAAAUAAGGUUUAGAGAAGUGGCAGGAUCCUUGGAAGCUGCACUUGCAGAUGGGCUGGAAGACGCCCCAGCUGGAAGUCCGUAUUGCCUUUUGGCUUCUCACAGAACAUGGAGCAGCCUGAGAAAGUGCUGGUCAGAUGAGAUGUUCUUGCCGUUGCUGGCACAUCGUCUGUGGAGACUCACACUGCAGAUUUUGGCACGAUUCUCCAUGUUUGUCAAUGAGCUUUCUCACAGGCCCAUUUCUAAUGAAAGUACCAAGGAGAUUAAAAAACCUUUGGCGGCUAGUGGCAAAGACACUCCCACUGCCCAGGGAGGUGGCGAUGACCAGGGAAGUGCUCCUUCAGAUGGGAGGUCUGUGGCGUCUGUUUCCAGCACUCAGCUUGUGUACAUGGUUGCAGACCUGGACAGGCUUCAGGAGCAGCUCCCAGAACUCUUAGAGACUAUCAAACCAAAACUUGAAAUGAUUGGCUUUAAGAACUUUUCUUCUAUCUCAGCAGCCCUGGAAGACUCGCAGAGCUCCUUGUUGGCCUGUGUGCCUGUCCUGAACCACAGGAUCACACACGACCUGAGUGAAUCUUGUUUCAGUUACCUGAGAAGUGCCCUGGAGGUCCCCAGACUUUACCGAAGAACCAAUAAGGAGGUCCCAACCACAGCCUCGUCUUAUGUGGACAGUGCACUGAAGCCAUUUUACCAGCUUCAGAGUGGUCACAGGGAUAAGCUGAAGCCCCCAGUGAUGCAGCAGUGGCUGGAAGGAGCUCUCUCUGAGAGUACUCACAAGUACUGUGAGACUGUGUCAGACGUCCUGAACUCUGUGAAGAAGAUGGAGGAGAGCCUGAAGAGACUGAAGCAAGCCAGGAGAGCCCCUGCCACCAGCACCAUGGGCCCGAGCGGUGGCAUGAGUGACGAUGACAAGAUCCGGCUGCAGCUGGCCUUGGAUGUGGAGUAUUUGGGAGAACAGAUUCGGAAGAUGGGCCUGCAGACAAGCAGCAUCAAAAGCUUCGAGGCCCUCAGAGAGCUUGUGGUGGCCGCCAGGGACCAGGCAGCGGCUGAGCAGCCCUGAGCGGAAGUGCGGGAGGAGAGAGUGGCUCUGUCCUCAGCACUGCUGAUAGCACCCGCACCCUUCUCCACACACUUGGGUCUUCCGUCACCCAAAAGAACAAAGCCUUUUCCAUUGUAUGGAAGAUAGUUUUUAAAGACAUUUGAAACUUUUUACUAUAGUUUACAGAACAGAUUAUUUUAUUUUUAUUGUGAAUCUUAGUAUGAAAGAGCUGAUUUCUAAAAUGGGACUACAGUGCAUAUGCAGGUGUGGAUACGAAGCUGUCUUCCGGGCCUGUGGCAGGAGAGGCGCCUGAUGCUACAGCCCCGGGCUUCCGAGACACCAGUGACGUGGAACAGUACCGAGAGUCCUUCUUGAUCGUCACCUGACCUCUGUCAUGAGCAAAGCUAGGAGGGAAGAUUUAUUUCCUAAAUAAAAGCAGCGUCUGCCACAGGCAUGUGUCUUUCAUUUGUGAUU